AGCUGAGUUCAAAACUUCUCUGCACCACAACUUCGAACAGUUCCAAAAUAUGGGAUCCCAAGAUCUGGCACGAGGCUGCAGGGUCCAGCAACCGUGUGCCGCUUGCAGAAUGCUCCGUCGGAAAUGUGAAAGGAAUUGCUUGCUUGCGCCAUACUUUCCCUGUGAAGAAAUGGACAAGUUUGCUGGUGUGCAUAAAGUGUUUGGUGCAAGCAAUGUUAUCAAAAUGAUUCAGAUGGUGGAUGAGGCAUGCAGGGAUGAUGCUGUUAAAGCAAUAGUCUACGAAGCAACGGCAAGGCUGAGAGACCCUGUUUAUGGCAGUGUUGGACCCAUUUUUCAUUUGCAAAAGAUGGUUGAGGAACUCAAAGCGCAGCUUGAAUCCAUUAAAGCUCAAAUUUUAGAGUCGCAACAACAAAGAGACCAGAUGUUGGGCAUUCUUAUGAACGUUCAUCACACCGAUCUUCUCUCUUCAAUUGAUAAUCCAGUCUUCGAUCAUCUUGAUGGUUUCGCCUUUGCUAAUGAUACCAAUAUGCAGGGAUUUGAUCCUGUUGUAUUUCCGCCAGAAUUUGACUGGGAUUUCUGAGGAUCAUCAGAAUAAAUAAAUAUUGCUUAAAGCAAUAUUCUCCAGGGGACAGAUCAUGUGCAGGGUUUGUUUAUACAGUUAGGAUGAAUUAGGUGCAUGCAUGAAACAAUCGUGUAUCAGAAAAUUAUAGGUCAAACAAUCAUGUUACAUUUCUACAUAUGAUGUUCGGCUUGGAAAUAACCUAGUCCAGUUGUAGUACCACACAUGUAAUAAGGUCAGAUGUAGUUGCCUUUGAUUUCUUGUAAUUAGGCAUGCGGUGCCUGAUCUAAUUCAUGAUAACAGUUAUAAAUGACCUCUUGCCCAUUUCAUUUUCA